AUGUGUUGUUGUAUAUGCGGAUUAUUGCUUUUAUUACUGGUAGCUUUGAUUGUUGUAUUGGUUCUUAAUGGGGUUAUAAAACUGACCUAA